AUGUCUCUCACAAAUAUGAGUUGCACAUCGUGCAUGUGCUGCGAAGAAACACCGUGUUGCAAUUCGGAAAAAUGCGAAGCCAACCUACAACACACACAGACGUUGGAAAUCGAUAAUAACGUCGACGAAUUCGAUAUAAACUGUGCCAUGUGCCGGGAAGCUAUGGCUAAAAUCUCUUCUAACAACGCCUGUAAUACUUGUCAAGAGAACAAUACAGACGAAGCCGAUAUGUGCAGUAAAUGUAAAGAACAAAUGUCGAAAACACAAGACGCGAGUGCAACGAAAAUGGUGGAGAAAGAACUCCGUUGUCCUUCGUGUUCUCAGCCAGUAGCCAUCCAGUGCAGCGCCACAGGCAGCGUGCCUAAUAUCAGUAUUGUGAUAAUCCCUGAAAAACUUCUCAAGGACCGUUCUAGUACAAGCAGAGGCAAUGGCAGCGAAAUUAUGCCGUGUUGUCAAGCUAAAAUUGGGUCAAAAUCUAACAGCAAAGCGUGUGAGGAGCUAUGCAGUCAGACAGCCAAAUCGGAAGCCAAAAACAAACCCGAGCCAUGUUGUACAAUGCCGUCAAAACCAAACGGCAAUGUGUGCGAAGCAUGUAGCGAAGCGGAAGCGAAAAGUAAACCUGAGUCAUGCUGCAAAAUGCCUUCAAAACCAAGCGGCAAUGUGUGCGAAGCAUGUAGCGAAGCGGAAGCGAAAAGUAAACCUGAGUCAUGCUGCAAAAUGCCUUCAAAACCAAGCGGCAAUGUGUGCGAAGCAUGUAGCGAGGCGGAAGCGAAAAGUAAACCUGAGUCAUGCUGCAAAAUGCCGUCAAAAUCCGCUGGUAACAUGUGCGAAGUUUGUGGUAAGGCUGAAACGAAAACUAAAGUAGAACCGAAAUCUAGCAAAGUGUGUGAGGUGUGCAGUAAAUCGGAACAGAGCAAAGAACCCUGUUGUGACAUUCAGUCGCCAUGUAGCCAGUUAGUGGACGCCGCAGGCAAGGGAGGCAAACAAGAAAAGUCUGGUUGUGGCAUGGAAUCGUGCAUGGGAAUGAAGAAGUCAGAUAAGCCCGCGACAAAGACGCCUUCAGGGACGGUAGCUAAGCGCGAAUCGAAAGGAAAUAAAGAUAAAUCCGCAACGGAAUCUAGUGACGCGGCGGCCGAUCAAAAAGAGUGCACGUGCGUGUGUCCACCUGCGUACAAACAAUAUAGUUGCACUGGUAAGAUUAACGGCAUUUGUGAUUGCACUAGUAAUGAUAAUGAAGAAUAA